AUGGUUAAAUUUGAAAUAUUCAAUUAUUUGAAAUAUUAUUUUUCUAAUGUAGGUAAUCAACCUCCAUUUUAUUCUCAUCAACCAUCAUUAUUUACACCAACGAAUGAUGAAUUAGUUCCAUUGGCACGCCAAUCUCAAUCGUUUGAUCCAUAUCAAUCAAGUGUUGAAUAUCGUUUACAAGAGUUAGCUAAACGAUUAUCCACAUUAGAAACAAAAUUAACUGAAGAUGUAUCUACUGUUCUUUCAAUACUUCGACGUCAAUUUCCAACAAAUAAUUUAUCAAUAUCUUUAUCUUCAAAUGAUAUAUUCAAAACUAAUUCUUAA